ACACCCAUGGGUGGUGACAUCUGGCUGUCAUAAUUUGCGAGAAAUAAUACAUUUUGUGUCUUUAGACAAGUAAUCGGAUCGCAGUUAUGGGGUCAGAGUUUAGGACAAUCGAUGGAAAGCUCAAAGACGGGCGAACUGAGCUGCAUAGUUAUGAUGACCAGGUUGUUCUUCAGAGUGAUGCGUCAAGCCUAACACAAGUGACGGGAAACGCGGCAAAAACUCACCGAUGUGAAGUGAAGCAACUCGUUAGAGAGAUAACUAGUUUUCUUCGUCUUUAUCGAUGGAUGAUAGAUGCCUAUGUUUCGGAUUUCUUCUUGCUUGGUCAUUGGGACAAACUUCUCCCUAGCUGGAGAUCAUUUCUCCAAAAGUUGUCUGCCCCUGACAUGGCCAACUUGCUGGAUGGACGAUCACAUGAUGAAAGAAGAGUGUGGCCUCUGUCCCUGCUGUGUUACAAGACCUGUAUCCAUAGGCUGAGUCUGGAUAGAAGGAUGCAGACUGUGGAUAGAAUGGAUAUCUCAAAGCUGCUUGGUGGCAUGGGGAAGGAUGCAGAUACGGAUAGUGUGGAGUUUGAGGAUGCAUUGUGUGCAAGCAAGGAUGGCAGGAUUUCUACACAGGGUAAUAUGCAUGGCGAUGAGAGCACUCCACAGGAUGGUGGCAGGAAAGAGAAGGUGGAGUUCAUGUGUGGUCAGUACCAUGAGCUGUACCACAUCUACAGGAGACAUGUUAAGCCAAAGAAGCAGCAUGAAAUCUACCAGCUUGGACAGGUGAUAAAGCAACUAAGUGAGUGUUGUCAGUGUGAGCAGAUUGUGGAUAUAGGGGCGGGGCUUGGUCAUUUGUCACGACUUUUGACCUUUGGGCAGGGGUUAAAGGUCACCACGGUGGAGGCAACCAAUAGUCAUGCUCCGAAGGCAUCAACGUUUGACAGACAGAUGAACCGGGAAAUCAAAAGAAAGAAAUGUAGAAAGGGAAACACAGGUAUAGAAGAAACAGUGCCAUCUACAAAUGAGGAAGGGGAUCAAGAGCUACCAAGUCAUAUAGUGCACUGGAUUGAGCCCUCUGUGUCCAUGCAAGAAUUCCUACAUGUUUUGAAUCUGGAUAUAUGUAACCAAAACUCGGAGCAAACUGAUGGGCAUGCAGGAGAAAAUUUUGAUGUACUCAGGGACCAAAAUGCUGACCAAACUGAUGGACAUACAGGAGAGAAGCCUUAUGCAUCCAGGGAGCAAAACUCUAAUGUAACUGAUGGACAAGCAAGGACGAACUCUUGUGCACCCAUUGACCAAAAUGUACAAGAAAGUUCGAGAGCAUUUUCACCAGAGUUUUUGAAAACUCAAAGGUGUUCAACCAUAAGUGACUUUAGGACAGCAAACACUGGAAACUUUUUUAAUGAAUCAGUAAUUUCUCUAGCACAAAAUAAAGUUGCAGAAAAAGAUCCAAAGAAAAGAAUAUUCACAAGAGACCAUGCUUCAGGGGAGAUAAUUCAUCAUGAUAAAGUGAAAGGGGAGGCAUCUUCAAACACAACGUGUGCUGAGGGUGACAUUAGCAGGCAAUCAACACAAAUUGGUGGGGAUUUCGCAAUGAAAAAGUUUGUGUUAUGUGGACUACAUGCCUGUGGAAAUCUGUCAUCCACAAUGCUAAAGCUGUUUGUAAACUGUCCUCUAGCUGUUGGCGUGAGCUCUGUUGGCUGCUGUUAUAUGAAGUUAUCUUGUCAUAGGUCUAGUUGUCAUUCUGAAGACACAGGAUACCCAAUGAGUGAGACUCUGAAGUCUUUGCCAGACCACGAACUAAGCUACACUGCUCGAGAAAUGGCCUGUCAUUUUGUUGACUCUUAUGCAGAAAGACUAAAAGAAAAUCGGCCAAACCUUAUAGUACACAGCUACAGGGCUGCGCUCCAACAAAUUAUUCUGGAAAAAGAUCCCAAUUUCCAGAGAGGUGCCAUAAAGAUAACGAUGAAGAAAGCAGAGGAAAUACCAUUCCACAAGUAUGCUGAGGUCUGCUUGAAGAAGCUUGACGUUGAUCCUGACCUGUCAGAGGCUCAGCUCCACUCGGCCCAGACACAGAUCGGCCGCUGGAGAGACGUGGUGGCCUUCUACACUCUCCGCCUGGCCCUAGCACCUGUCAUAGAGACCCUUAUCUUGCUGGACAGACAGCUGUACCUCUGGGAGUAUGGUUUGGACAGUGUCCUUGUUCCAGUGUUUGACCCCAGUGUGUCACCUCGGAAUUUUGUCCUGCUGGCUAAGAAAUCAUAACACAGGACCGAUAAACACUAUCCUUCAAUCAACCAGGGGACUGGGAAUUGAAUCCUGUGGCAGGCAAAUACAACCAGGGCACUGAAAAUGGAAUAGUGUGGCAAGCAAACACAACCAGGGCACUGAGUAUGGAAUUCUGUGGUAGAAAAAUAUAACCAGAACACUGAGCAUGGAAUCUUAUGGCAGACAAUACAACCAGAGAACUGGCAGGCAAAUAUCAGUAUUAAUACACUAAACAUGUGAAUUUGUGGCAGGCACAAACAUGAACCAAACUGCCAAACAAAAUGCACCCCGGAGAACCUGGUGUACAGUACAUGUACGAUUGUAUCACUAUAAAAUAUAAUAUAUAUCAAAAUGCCAAAAGGUUUUAUUAGCAGUGUUUUUAUAAGCGGUACAUGGGA